UCCACGUGCCUUGCGCGAGACACUCAGUUUUCACGAGGGCGUCGUUUGCGGCGAAAAAUCCCGUUUCUUUUCUAUUAGAGAUGGAACACAUGCUUUAAAGACGAAGCAUAAACCUGUCUCAAAGAAACGCAUUCAUCGGAUACGGAACUUGAUUCAGAGCAUCACUUGUGGGGAAACAAAUGAAAUGAAAGAUACAGCAGGACACGAGUGCAUGUGUGGGAGCUAAUUCAGUUUUUGAGACAAAUACAAUAUGGUGACCAAGAACCUUCCUGGCUGUGAUCAGAACCUAGAAGACCACCUGGUUAACAUCAACGUGGGUGGUCUGAAGCACAGUUUCUCUUCUAGCACUCUGCGGAGGUUUCCAGACACACGGUUGUGUCGUCUUCUGUCCUGUGACACUGUGGAAGCCAUUUUACAGGUUUGCGAUGACUAUGACAUUCAAGAGAAGGAAUUUUACUUUGACCGAAACCCUAAUCUCUUUCCUUAUGUGUUCCAUUUCUAUCAAACCGGAAAACUGCACAUCAUGGAGGAGCUGUGCAUCUUCUCCUUCUGCCAGGAGAUUGAAUACUGGGGCAUAAAUGAGUUCUUCUUGGAUAGUUGCUGUAGUUAUCUCUACCAUGAUCGCAGGUUAGAGAGUCAUCACAAGUCCUGGGAUGAGGAAAGUGAUGUAAGCAGUGUGGACACUUCUGUGGAUGAGAUAUCUGACCUUAACAAGGACAUCCAACAUUUCCAGGACAUGCGUUUUGGUAAUAUACGUAAGUGCCUGUGGUUGACCUUGGAAAAUCCAGGAUAUUCCAUUCCAAGCAAGCUCUUCAGCUUGAUUUCCAUCAUUGUUGUGCUAAUGUCAAUUGCUAUCAUGUGCAUCAACAGUAUCCCAGAGUACCAGGUUUAUGAUGAUAGUGGUCAGCUAAUUGAGGAUCCAACCAUGCAAGCUUUGGAGAUUUUUUGCAUAUGCUGGUUCACUUUUGAAGUAGUAACGCGCAUGCUCCUUGCACCAAACCGUCGGAAGUUUUUCCGUCAUCCUCUAAACGUGAUUGACAUUGUUUCAGUGGUGCCUAUCUACAUCACCCUCAUUUUUGACCUGCUUGCUGGUAGUGAAUUGGAGCUGGAAAACAUUGGGAAAAUAGUUCAGGUUCUUAGGCUCAUGAGGAUCUUCAGGGUGCUGAAGUUGGCCAGACACUCGACAGGCCUGAGGUCAUUAGGUGCUACAUUACGGCACAGUUACAGAGAGGUGGGCAUUCUUCUACUGUACCUGGCUGUAGGUGUAUCUGUCUUCUCUGGUGUGGCUUACACUGCAGAAUAUGAGGAGGAUGUCGGAUUGGACACCAUUCCUGCUUGUUGGUGGUGGGGUACAGUAAGCAUGACUACUGUUGGCUAUGGGGAUGUUGUGCCUGUCACAGUGGCUGGAAAGUUAGCAGCUUCUGGAUGUAUCCUGGGUGGCACAUUAGUAGUGGCCUUACCCAUUACCAUCAUCUUCAACAAGUUCUCGCAUUUCUACCGCAAACAGAAGGCUCUGGAGGCUUCAGUGAGAAAUAACAACAACAAGAAGAGAAAGGAACGAGAGAACGAAGAAGGAUCCGAAGGUGAUAGCCAGUGUUUGGAGGAUGAAGAAAAGGAAGAGGAAAUAGAUGGAGAGAAUGAAGGAGGGGUAGUAAAUUACUGUUAUGUACAUAACCUGCUUUCAGCAUCUUCUACACAGUAUGAGAUGAAUGAGCCAUUUUCAAGAGAAAAAGAACUUUAUCAUCUCUGAGACUUGCUUGUCCAUUAUCUCCAAUAGUCCAAAAGACAGGACAGUAUAUAAUUAUGCAUUCACACCCUUAAUCAUAUAUGAACAUAUAUAAUUCUCCUAUGUAAAUGUGUAUGUAUAUAUAUGAGGGGUCAAUCAAUAAUUGCAGGUACAAUUUGAAUGUCACAAAAACAAUUUUUUUUUAAAUUAUAUUUCUAUAAUUUCUCUCAGAAAACAUACUGAGUUUCACAAAUCCAGUGCAUGGCAAACAUACAGCAUUUUCCUUACAUUUUUAAUUUUUAAUCUGCUGCAGAAAAGUUAGGAAACAUGCAUACAUAAAAACAAGUCAGACCAGAAUCAAACAUUUUGACUUUGACACAAGCAUGUCCAUACACACUUAUAUAUAAAUAUAUAACAAAUGAUUAUUUAAAUUAUUAUAAAAGAGAAAUAGCACAUCAGUAUUCAAGAGAUAUGAAUCAUAUUUUAAUCAAUUUAAGGUAUAUAUUUUUCUUUACAUUAAAUUGUAAAAUGAAAAAAAAAAGUUGACACUUCCAGUAACAGAAUUGAAAUAGUAACAGAUUUGAAAAUGAGGUAAUUUGUGAGAGUGUAAUGCGUUAUUAAUCAAUAUAUGCUUGGUAUUCCCUGUAUUUACAGGUGCUUGUGUGCAGAGUAAUGUGUGUGUGUGUAUAUAUAUAUAUAUAUACACACACAUUACUACAAUAUAUAUAUAUAUAUAUAUAUAUAUAUAUAUAUUGUGAUGUAAAAAAUGAAACCAAGUAAAUCAUGUCAGAACUUUUUCCACCCUCAAUGUGAAUUUAUAAUGUAUAAAAAAUAACUGAAAAACAAGACAACAAUAACCUGGCUGCAUAAAUGUGCACACUAUUUUAUAACUGGGGAUGUGACUGUGUUCAGAACCAAUUACAUUCAAUCUCAUGUGCAAAAGUAAUUAUCAUACAGCUGUCAUCAAUUAAAUUAUUCUGAUUAACCCCAAAUAAAGACCAGCUGUUUCUGUAGGAUUUUCUUGACAUCUUCUUGGCUUCAUCUGACUGCUAGAGCCUUGGUCUGCAAAAAGCUGACAAAGCCGGUAUGGUAUUUCACUUGUCAAAAGAUAUCAACCAGGAGAGGGGUAUAAAAGAAUUUCCAAAACAUUAGAUGUACCAUGGAACACUGAAGGCCAUCAUCAACAAAGUGGAGAAAAUGGACAGUGACAUCACCAAGAACAGGUGAUCCCUCCAAAAUUUAUAAAAGGACAAGACAAAAACUUACCAGGAAGGCUCCCGAUAGACCUAUGGCAACAUUAAAGGAGCUGCAGGGAUAUCUGACAAGUAAUGAUUACUCUCUACAUGUGACAACAAUCUCUUGUAUUCGUCACAUGUCUGGACUAUGGGGUAGGAUGGCUAGACAGAAGCCCUUUCUCACAAAAAACAUCCAAGCUCAACUAAAUCACCGUAAACCAUGUGGCAAAAAUGUGUUAUGGUCUGAUGAGAACAAUUCCAAAAGUUAUAGCAAUUCCAUUAUUCCAAAAGAUAUAUUUAACGCAAAAAAAGCACAUCAACAAAAGAGCACCAUUUUAUGUCUCCAUUUUGACCAUAAAAGCAUACAAUGGUUGUAUCCCUUUUGCUUUAAUGACAGUUUGUACUCAAGCUGGCAUCAACUCUGUUUAAAACCUGAUGAUUUAUGUUAAAGCAAAACCAUGAGAGUCUUGUCUGAACACGUUCUUCAGUGGAAGGGAUAAAUCUCAAGAAAUAUCUGACAAUUUGUACAAAGGAGUUACAAAUGUAACAAUAUCACAAAUUUGCUUAAAUUAAAACAGUGAGAAUCUAAUCACCUAGAAUCUUGAAUAAUGACUAUUUAAUAUUUUGAACAAUUCCUUGUCUUUGAUUUAAUUAUUGUUUUAAUUUUCAUUUAUCAGUUUCAGUUGUUUAUUUCCAGUAAUCUUGUAUUCCACUGUAUCUUUUAGAAUUAUGCGCAAAAAGUUCUACCUUGGUCUAAUCAGACCAUAACACAUUUUGUCACAUGAUUUUGGCAUUAAACCAUAAAAACAAUGUGAGCUCAAAGUGCAGAUUUUCACCUUUAAUUAUGAGGGUAUGUACAUCCAAAUCGUGUAGGAAUUACAACAUUUUUUAUAUGUGGUCUACACAUUUUUAAGGGACCAAAAGUAAUUGGACAGUUGGCUGCUCAGUUGGCCAGGUGUGUGUUCUUCCCUCAUGAUUUCACUUACAUGUAAGCAGAUAAAAUGUCUAGAUUUGAUUUCAAAUGUGACAUUUGCAUUUGGAAUCUGCUGCUGUUAACUCUCAAUAUGAAGUCCAAAGUGCUGUCACUGCCAUUCAAGCAAGCCAUCAUUAGGUUGAAAAAUCAGUAGAUGUGGUCAAAAAAACCUAUGUAUUACCUUCUUUAAAAGAAAGAAUGCACUGGUGAGCUCAGGAACACCAAAAGCCCUGGAAGACCAUGGAAAACUUAUAUGAAACAAACAUGAUGUAUGACAGAAGAAUUCUUUCUCUGCUGAAGACACGUCCGUUCCCAACAGUUGACAAGAUCAUGAACACACUCCAGGCAGUAGAUUUAUCUGUGUCAAAGUCAACAGUCAAGAGAAAUCUUCCCAGAGUAAGCAGACAGUUUACCACAAGAUGUAAAUCUUUGGUACUUUUGGUCUCUUAAAAAGACAGGGACCACAUGCAUAUAUAAAGUACUGUAAUUCCUACACGAUUUGGAUGUAAAUACUCUUAACAUUAUUUUAGACAGCUAAAAUAACAAUAACUUUGUCAAUGUGUGAAUAUUUAUGGACCUGACUGUACUGCAGCCCUACCUCACAGUCACUGUUGUAAUGGACCAUUCCAUGUUGUUACUUGGUGACACAACUGCAUGAACGCAGACCAGUAUGGGCAAAGCAAUCAAGUGCUAUCAGGGAUCCAUCAAGGGUCUUUACUGUGAUUUUCUAGGUGCCUAAAAAUGAAACAAAUUUAUAGAAGUAGAGCAGAAUAAUGCAAAAGGGAGGGAAGCAAAAAGAAUUGUUGCUAUAUUGCUGACUACAUUUUUCAGUUAGAAGAGAGUGCCACUCCACACAUAAUACUAGCCUGUUUAUAAAAAUGGGUAGUUUCAGUUUUAAAAUCUGAUUGUCUGAACCAUUAUAUAAUCCUUGAAAUUCACACACCUGUUACCAUAACUGAAUUGUGUAAUAAUGCACAUGUUUUAAACCAAUAAAUCAGUACACUUAAGCCAUUGUUCUGUUCAUAGAAUACUAUAUUUUUUUGCUUGUUAUGUUGCUUAGCAAUCAAACCUUACUGUAAACAGAAUAUAUCCUUAUGUAUGGAAUUAUGGAAGACUUGUUUAUUACAAAUAUUGUAAGGUGUUAGGCACAGUGCAAAGCAGAAACUGAGGGAAAAAACAAGGUUAAUGCUUGUGAAGAGGGGCCCCAUUACUCUGUAUACAACAAUAGUAAUUAAACAAUAUGGCCAAAAGUAUGUUGAUGCCUGAUUAUCACAGUCAAAUGUGCUUGCUGAACAUCCCAUUCCAGAGUUGGACCCCCCCAUCAUAUAGUCGAAUGAGCACAAAUCUGUACAUCCAUGCCCCAUAAUUCAGGGGAAGGCCUUUCCAGAUGAGCGGAGUCUUCUGGGAAGGCUUUCCCCUGAAUUCUCCUGAAUCCCCUGAGGUCCAGACGUGCUCAUUCGUCUGUAAGAACUGAAUAAUAUAUAUAUAUAAGAGUGAGAUCAGGCACCGAUGUUGAGUGAGAAGGCCAGGUGUGCAGUCAAUGUUCUAGUUAAUCCCAAAGGUGUUAUUAUUCAGCGGUUACUCGCAUGCUAACCAAAUAACAUCCACUGGCAUCACUGGAAGUGUGGCAGUAUGACAAAAUGUGUCAUUCAUUAAUAAAUUUUAAAAUUUGGCAAAUUGCUAUUGGCAAAUCGCUGAGGUAUAAGAGGAAUACUACCUCUGACAUACAAACUCAAAAACUACUCAAAAUCCUAAAUUUUAGCUUGUUAACUGAUUUCUUUAUUAUUAUUAUUAUUAUUAUUAUUAUUAUUAUUAUUAUUUCAGCAGUUGCAGCUACAUUAGAAGUUAGAGGAAUUCUGAAAGUCGGGGAUGCUUAAGAUGCUUAAGAUUUACUCUUUGGAUUAUCUCCUACUCCUCAUAAUAGUCACAUAAGAAAUCUUAUAUUUUUACUCCCAGCUUUAACAAAGAAUUUUUUUUGCAGACUUAAGUACACUUCUGGACUAUGUUUAAGAGUUAUUCCCAGAAGCUGGCCUCACUGACAUACUGACAUACUGGCCUUGGCCCUGACCCUUACGUGAUGAAAAUAACCAUGGCCUAUUUUUUUUACCCCAGAGUGUAUAUUGUGACAUUUUACUGGCAUUGUCACUGGAGUUUGUUGUGUGUAAAUCCAUGAGUUGACAAUUUAACAUACUCACAAGUAAACUAAAUUUAUGUACUAUGAAAAAAAUUCUCUAAACAAUUAGCAUUAUACUUUGCAUGACUGCCACUUUACAACAGAUUUUCCACCAUGUCUGUCUGUUAUUUAGAAUGUGGUGUUGAAUGUUCCCCAAAUGUACAUGACUCUAUAAGACUCUAUCAUUGUCCCCUUGAGUUUUAAAGAAGUGUUAUAAGAAUGAAAGCCUCAUAUGUUUAUCCAUUCACUGACCCACCCAAUAUAACAGAGUUUGCAAUGUAUAAAGUAUAGAGAAACGUGAAUCAAACACUGUUAGUGUGCUAACGUUAGCCGGCUACAUAGCAGCAAAAGCAAAGACACAGAUGGGUAGAAACAGAAUACACAUUAAAGGCCUUGAUCUCCUUACUCUUAGUAAAUAUAUAAAUUAUUUUAUAUUAUAAAUUUCAAUGCAAAUUGUAAAGAGAAACACUAGCCACUAGUUGGCAAAAGCACACUAGCUAAAACAGUUUAGAGCAGUUGUAUUCAAAUAAAUUUAAAGUUUUCUGACACUGGCAAGUCUACAGGAUGGAGGAUGUUGGGAGGGGUGAUUAUUAUGGCAAACUACUGGCAGCCAAUAGAUAUCCUAGUGAAAUGGUGUGGUUUAACUGGUUUCCUUUGGUCAUAUAUAUGCACACCCAUGAAUAAACAAAAAAACAAACAAAUAUGUAUUUAUGUAUGUAUGUAGAUAUGUUUUUUUUUAUAGAUGCAUUAGCUUUUAUCUGUCCCAUAACAGUCACUUACAUAUAAACUCCUAGUUAUGGUGUUACUGUUACACAAGGCAUUUUACAAGAGACACUGAAGUAAGACUAAAAUGUAACUGCACUACAAAUUUCUAAAAUGUGCUAAGAUGCAUUGGAUUAUCUUCUAUGCAAUAUUAAUGUUUCAAGACAAAAACAUACUUGUUUACUGCAUGCUGCUUUAUUGCACAUAAUUUAAUCUAUGCAUACCCAAAUUAAGAUACAUUUUAGAGAAUGCACACUGUACUGGACUAUAAAAUCUAUAACAUUAAAAAGGCUUUAAAAUUCAUAAAGAAAGUCAUUUUAUCUCUGCAUCCAUUUGUAGUACUCUGUGUAUCCUGUUAUCAUGUAUGUAUGUAAACUUUUAUCAUAUAUGUAUGUAAACUUUUAUCAUGUAUUUAUUAAUUUUAACUGUGCUUUCU